AUGGAUGGCUGCAACAACGCUCGUUGCAUUGCGGAGGCAAACCUGAAGGCCAAAACGAAGUCCCGCAUUGCACGAUCCAAAAUCUUAGUGGCCUAUCCAGCUAAUACGUGGUCGUCCAAUGCAAUGCGGCGGGACUAUCGCAGCCUCAACACCGGAUAG